AUGUUCAGGGAAUGGAGACGUCGGUGGGAUGACUAUGCUGUCAUGGUGGAUCUUUCUAAGCUUCCACGGGAAAAGCAAAUGAUCCAGAUGAGGAUGUGUUUAACCCUGGAAACGCAGUGUGUUUUAGAACACACACUUCAAAUAUCUCCCUCUACAGAUAAGCCUGUAGAUGAAGUCCUGGAAGCCUUACAGUCACAUAUAAAGGGUUUAAGGAAUGAAGUACUUCGCCGAAGAGAGUUACUUAGCUGCAAGCAAUCGGAAGGAGAAUCUUUCGCUGAUUUCUAUGUGAAACUUCGACGCCUUGCGGAAGAAGUUGAUUUAUGCCCAGGUACCGCCGUCGCAUGUGAAGAGACCCAGCUGAAAAUGAUUAUCUUGAUGGGCAUUCGAGAUGCGGACUUGGUUCAGAAGUUGAUCGCCUUGGAUGCCAAUUCUUCUUUGCAAGAUUUCAUCACCACCUGUCGGUCGUAUGAGGCGGCUAAAACUGCAACUUCUGCCAUAUGUGCCCCACCCAAUCAGCUGUGUGCUGUUUCGGCCUACAAGAGAAGCAAGAAGUCAAGCGGAAAGCAUCCACCUUCGCCGAAACCCUCGAACCCAGCAACUUGGUGCCAGUACUGUGCUCGUCAGCAUGAUCAAGACAAAUGCCCUGCGGCCAACAGUACUUGUAAAAGCUGCGACCGCGUUGGCCAUUGGUCCAGGACCAUGAAGUGUCCCCCCUGCAGCAAAAGGUCCAGUGCCGUCUGUGUCACCGCAUUGGACACUUCGAUAAGUGUUGUAGGGAGAAUAAGAAGAAUCUUCGUCAGGACAGAUCUUCAAGCAACAGUGGUGCCUCUUCAGUCAACAAAUCGCAAGAUUCAAGGAUCAGCUGUCGUCGCCUAG